GCAAACCCAACCAUCAUUUUCCAAAAAAACACAGACGAGGUUGCAACCCUCUGGCAGUAAACCCGCGGGAAUUCCAUCGGGAUAGUUACCGCAGCAUAAGUACCGAUUAGCAAGUGUAUAAUUUGUUGUGCCUCUGAUAGUCGUUUGAUUGCCGCCUUGACACCGUGUCGUUGCCUCUACGUGCGCAUCGUUGAUUUCAGUGUUCGCCUUGUUUUCAUCUGUUUUUUUCGCCCUCUUCUUCUCUAUUACAAUGGACGCGUCUCAAGCAUCCAACAUUCAGAGCAUCCUCGCCGCGCUGGCUGCGCAACAACCCGCUGCGCCUUCGCAACCUGGUGUGCCAGGACAACAGCAGCAGCAACAACAAUAUGCUCCUCCCGGUGCCCCUGCGUACGGAGGCGCCCUCCCUGUGCCUGCUUCUAGUGGUAGUGUCGAUUUGAGUGCUGUUCGCCCAGUAAACUCGGGAACCAUGAGCUUUGACGAUGUCCUCUCCAAGGCUAGAGCCAGCGCCGCCGCCAAGGGCGCCACAUCCUACGACCGACCUCUUGUAUAUGGAUCUGAUUCUCGUGGUGGUGGUGACCGUGACAGAGACUAUGGAAACACUAGAUCUCGAUCUCCUCCCCGUGGUGGUGACUACAGAGACGACCGUCGCGGCGGUGGUGGACGUGGUGGUGGCCGUGACUACGGGCGCGAUCGCUCCCACUCACCUCCUGCUCGUUCCAGAAAUUCUCCUCGAGGUGGCAGAGAUAGAUCUCCCCUACGUGGUAGCGGUGGCGGCGGUGGUGACGAUAACUCUGAAACCAUUGAUGUUGAAUCUAGCCUUGUCGGCCUCAUCAUUGGCCGCCAGGGCGAAAACUUGCGCCGCAUUGAAGGCGAGUCGAACUGCCGCGUGCAAUUCUUGCCGCCUACCGACGGUAGCUCUUUCAGACAAUGUAGAAUCACGGGCCCUCGCGCCAACCGUGCCGACGUCCGGGCUGCCAUUAACCGUAUCAUUGAAGACAGCGGCAUGGGUCCCAUGAACCGAGGCGCCGACAAGGGGGGCAAUGCUGGUGGCCGCGGAGGCCAGGAAGUCACUCCCCAAGAAGGCGAGGACUUUUUGCAAAUCAUGGUCCCCGAUCGCACCGUUGGCUUGAUUAUUGGACGUGGUGGUGAGACCAUCCGUGAUCUCCAGGAACGUUCCGGCUGCCAUAUUAAUAUCGUCGGUGAAUCCAAGAGCAUGAACGGUCUGCGCCCUGUCAACCUCAUUGGCACACCCGAAGCUGCCGCCAAGGCCAAGGAUUUUAUUAUGGAAGUUGUCGACAGUGAUAGCCGCGGUGAAGGCCCGGCUGCGAAGCGCCAGCAAGCCCAACAGCAAUCGGGAUACGGCGGUGGAGGUGGCCGCAAUGAUGGCUAUGGUGGCGGUGCUGGAGGACCCGACAAGAUUAACGAUUCCGUCUUUGUUCCGUCCGAUGCCGUCGGUAUGAUUAUCGGCAAAGGCGGCGAGACGAUUCGCGAGAUGCAAAGCACGACCGGCUGCAAGAUCAACGUUGCACAGUCGUCUGGCCCCGGGGAGACGCAGCGCGAGAUUUCUCUGAUUGGCAACGCCGACUCCAUUGCCCGUGCUAAGCAGGCUAUUGAUGAAAAGGUGGAAGCAGUGCGCCAGAAGAGUGCUGGCGGAGGCUACGAGCGCCGUGGUGGUGGUGGCGGCGGUGGCCGUGGAUAUCACGACAACAAUGACCGUGGAAACUACUCACAGCAGGGAUCUCACAGCGUCUCCGGUGCUUCUCAACAGCAACAGCAGCAGCCUGGCUCAGGAGAUGCGGCCGACCCAUACGCCCAGUACGGCGGCUACCAGAACUACGUUGCAUUGUGGUACCAGUCCCUAAUGCAUCAGCAACAACAGCAAGGCGGCGAAGGCGGCGAAGGCGGCGGUGCUCCAGCCCCUGCCGGUGGCCCUCCUGCGUCCUAAAGUGCUCGCUCCUCAUUUAACCUGAACGUGCUGCAUGACUGCACGAUCGCAUCUCAUUGCCCCCGGUUGGCAGAGAUGACAGAUACCUCACUUACAGCUGCUCGUAUGACUUGUACCAUGACUUGACACACGCCGCGACUCGACCAUCUGCCUUUUUUCUCACCUCAUCACCCUAAAGCACGACACUGUAUUUUAUCCUCCUCGCCUAUCUGAUGCGACGGGGAAACCGUUUUAUUUGCUAUUUAUCCGUGCUUGAAUGCUCGUCACGAUACGCGCUUGAUGUGCGACGUUCCCCCUCUCCGAUGCAAUGUAUCCGUCGUUAGCAUGACCCUUUCCCGGAUCCACGCGUAACCAUUUGCUUAUGACAGAGGCGAGAAACCAGCCCCAAUUUGUGAUUGGCUAUGCCGCUUGCCGUUUAGUAGUACGUCUGUGCACUGCUGAAGAAGAGGUGAUUGCUGAGGCCAGCGUUCAUGUUGGCCAAGAGGCGCCUACGGAAACCAACCCUUUGCCCUGGUGCCUGCUCCAUGAUUGCUGCUGCUGCUGCCACCUCGUUGUUUCUAUCUGCCCGUUGCUUGCCAAGAGCUGCGUUGCUAGCAUCGUGGUAUGCCUCUAGGCCAGCUGUGCGUGUGUGCCAUGGUGCGUUGCUUCAAACGUUGCAGAAACAUGAGCGGUUUCAUGAGAUUGUGCUCGCUGCCAAGAAGCCUCGACGCUUCUUUCUAUACCCCGCGUAUUUUGCCUGUGCACGAAGUCUAUCCUGCACUUGCUUCUUUUUGAAAUUUUCUAUUGGCUGCGGUUGGAUGUUUGCCUGCAGCCUCCCAGCCUUGCCGACGUCUAACAUGCAUGCAAUCACAAACAUGCAUGCAUCUACCCGCCUAUGCUAUUUAUUACUGCUGCUUGUAUAUAUGUGCUGCUGCUGGUUCUACGCAAAAAGAUAGUAUUUAUUGAAAUGAAUAAAAAAAAAUGUAAACAAAAGUCUCUCAUUUACCUGCCAAGUGUGUGGUUGUCCUAGCGCAACACGAUUUCUUUAACCGGCCACAAAGUCCUUUUUGCAAUCUUCCAUUUGAUGCGUGAUUAAAUGCAAAACACCCGUAGGAGUUGAAAUCAUCUGCAUAACUACAGACGAGCCUUUUCUCUCUUCAGCGUGCCUGAAUAUAUGCCACCGUAGCGACCACCACCUCGCGCAGCAAAUACGACCCCCCAUCUUGCGCAAGCGAAGAAACCAGGCACUACCGCC